CAUUAAUUUCAAUCUAUUUCGACGCGACGCGACUCACGAGAAAAACAAUUGCAUUUUUAACCAAUUUUACGAGGAAAAUUGGGCAACGGCAUUUGUAACGCAUCCGCCGGAAUAGGCGCCACCAGAUGAGUGGCGCACACAUGAAAAAAUGGCAUUGAAUAAACGGAUUAACCCGACCCCGGAGGGUCUACCGGGCGUCACGGAGUUGAACUACAAGUUUGCGUGUCGAUGCUGCCUGAAAGCGGACGCAGAGUUCAUUAAGCUAGAUUCGGUGUCGGUUGCGCGUAGCCUGGACCCAGCCAGCGAGGAGGAUAAGAUUUCGCUCCUGCGGUGCCUUGUCUAUUGCGUACGCGCGGAUAAUGCGCCAGAGCUACCGCAGUACAUCUGCAUAGAGUGCAGCCAGAGCCUGCAGGUCGCCUACUAUUUCCUGCAAAAUGCAGUCCGUGCCCACGAGAUCCUUUGUCGCAAGCUGUGUCCCAGUAAAUUUUGGAACGCUGAGGGCAGGCGCUUCAAUGGGGCUAUAGGCCGGCGCUUCCAACCAUCGCCAUCUCCCAGAGAGACAGCGACGACUUCGGGGGACAGGACGAGGCCGCCGAAAAGCAUGCGGCAAGAGUGCCAGGUGUGCGGCGAUAUCUUCAAUAGUCGCAUGGAGCUCAAGCAGCACCUCCGGCAGCAUACAGACGGAAUCUCUUACCACUGCAAGAUGUGCAACUUUACCACGCUAAAACAGCGGCAGCUUCUGGAUCACUAUCGUUUCGAUCACGCCAUGCCUUCCAGUCAGGCGGAGGAGCACGUUAAGGCCAGUCCCAUGCCGAUAGCGCCCAUUAAGGAGGAUGAGGUCAAGGCAGUGUGCACGCUGGAAGACAUGGAGCUCCUUAUACCCACGGUGCUUACACCGGACGACUACGUUCAGCCCACGAUUGAUUCGGAACAACUGCGCGAUCUUGAGCAGCACCUUGCCGCCAGCAUGGGUGAUGCUGUGACCAGUGUGGACAGCCUCACGUCAACAUUGCCGCCCAUGGACACGGCGCACAAUGUGAGCAUUGGCACGGAGUAUCUGGUCCUGCCGGAUGGAUCCCUACAACAGAUCAACGGAGGCGGAGUGGUCAUCGAGUACAUUGACGACAGCAAGCCGCAGAAGCCGCCACCACCUCCUCCCAAUCCUCCGCAUGUCAACGUCAGCCUGCAAAAUCUCCUCGGCCCAGAUGACGAUGCAAUGGAUAUCGAUGUCAGCGAGCUAAUCGUCGAGGAUAUGAUGGCGAUACAUAAACCCACCAUUUCCACUGCAGUUCCCAAUCCAGUCAAGCCAAAGCCAACCGUUGGUUCCCAAAACUACAAGCACAAGUGCAGUAUAUGUCCCAGGACUUUUUCCUCCAUGCCACGCCUGAAAUCUCACCAGUUGACCCACAGCAAUUUGCCGAAGUUCUUCUGCGAUCAGUGCGACUUCUACUCGCUGCGUAGCGUCGAUCUCAUCGAGCACUACAAGACCACACACCAUCGGGUUGAUGAGAACGGUUCGACCAGCCACGACCCGGGGUCAGAGGAGACUGGCGUCUAUUCGUGCGACAUGUGCCUCUUUGAGACGCGCACCUGCAGCCAGCUUAGGGUCCACUACACGAAUCACCACGGGAUCCAGCCCACAGAAGUACAGCUGCGUCCCAGUUGGACAAACAACGGUGGCAAUGAGACCAACAACAAGGAGCUGUCUUCGAUCGGCAGGCAGCCAGAACCCGCUGACCUGCCGGUGGCCAUUAAAUAUCCGCCGCUAGUUGGAGAUUCGCAGGUUCCAGUGGAAGUUCAAGCACCAGUGCAGCAACCAGUUCUAGUACAGCAGCAACCUGUGGUGGUCACUACACCAACAACGCUUUACCCACAGACAAGUAACAACAUAAACGUGGUGGUGGAUACGACUCCGCUGUUUUAUGCGUCCACCACUUCCAGUACCGUGCAGGCAGGGCCAGUGCCGGUGCAGACCAUGCAAAUGCCGGUCCAAACCAUGCCAGUGCCGACCGUGCAGACCAUGCCAAUGCCUGUGCAGGUCAUGCCUGUGCUUCCGCAGGCAACAACUGUGAUGGAGUCCGCCAACGAGAAUAACAGCAAUGCAUUCGAUAUCCAAAAUCCAUUUCCAAAAAUUCUACCUAGCAAUGAGCAGGAGAACGAAGCCGUUCCCGUUGAUUCAAUUUCGACGGCCAACACUUCCAAUAUCUCAAUGUUUGGCGAUAUGCAGGAUUUCAUUGAUAACACCGAUGUGGCUGCCAUAUGCACGAUACCAGCGGACGAUAUGCCCGUGGUGGAUGGCGAUGAUAUUGUGAUCGAUAAUAACAAUAUUAGCCUGGACUUUGAUGCCGAUAAUCUGUUUGAGGAAUUCGAGGAGGAGGACGAUGCGGUUGGUGAAGACGAGGGAGAGGAGGAGGAGGAAGAGGACGAGGCGGAUAAUGAUGAUGAGAAUGACAACAACGAUGCUGCCACAGAUCAAAAUCUGCUGCUUACCAGCGACGAUGAUGACGUCGACGACUUUGAUGAUGAGCAAUCGAAGCAUCUGCAGAAGCCUUACUGCAUAUAUUGCAACAAAAAGUUCACCAGUCAAUACAAGUUUGAGAACCAUAUGUUUGUCCAUCGGGGCCUGGCCCCCUAUCGCUGCGAGCUCUGCACCAACCUCUACAACAUGAAGCGCCUGCUAAUCAGGCACUAUAAGACCGUGCACAAACGAAUGCCAACCAGGGACAUGGUCCAGGCCAAGGGCGAUAAGGUACUGGUAGCCCGUACAAACAUCGAGAAGCUCUAUCUCGAUGGAAUCAAAAGUCCAAUGGUCAUGUGCGCCAAGUGCCCGUAUGAGUGCGAGGCGGAUGGAGAAAUGCGAAAGCAUCUGAAUGCCCAUCACGGCAUUAAUGAUGGACUGUCCAUUCAUGCCAACGAGGUCUUCAUUAUACGCAAAUUGCCGUUCGAGUGUCCGCGCUGUAUUCGAUCGUUUGCUGCCAAGGGCACACUUACCCGCCACCUGCAGCGCAGCCAUAUGGUGGACACCAUUAUCGAGAUGCAAGCAGCUCACUCCUCGUCAGCCACCACCACCAUCACAACAACGACUGCCUCUAUAGCCGGACCAGUAGGAGAUAGAGAAUCUAUUAAGGACGAGAUGAUGAUGACGACGACGACGGCUGCUGCAGGCAAUGAAGUGCUGGGAAGAAGCCAGGAUGAUGUUACCGCAACAGGAGCGCCAGUAAAAAAGAGUUGUGCAGUGUCAGAAGAAGAUGUAGAUCCGGUAACAUUGGACGCAGCCACUGCGGCAACGACAGCAGCCAUAGCAGCGGCAAUAUCCUCCGCAUCCGCAUCGCCCAGCACAACAACAGCCUCGGGUCCUUCCGCAUCCAACCUUUACCCCACUCCCACACCGUUUGAUUUCGACUAUGAUCUAAUGGGCAGCGAUGCGCAGCGAUCACAGGUCUCGACACCCACCUCCAACCCCCAGUUCGGAUCGUCCGGCAGCGGUCUGCUCAAUGGCAGUGACAAGCUACUGACCACCGCAGCCAUGUCGCCAUUUCCAACGAAGGGUCUGCGCUCCAACAGGCGGCAGGCCCAUAGUUCGAUCUACAUGUGCAAGCUGUGCAACAAGUCCUUCGACGAGCUGGGCAAGCUGGUCAAGCACGAGAUGGAAAUGCAUUCAAACACGGAGCCCUCGCGAUGGGGUUACCAGCACAAAUGUUCCAUCUGCAGUACCAGCUACCGCACAUUGACAUUGCUCAAGUUCCACAUGAAGCGACACGUCAACCGAAAGUCGCAGUGUAAGCUUUGCCCAAAAAUAUUCGCAACCAACGCGGAGCUGGAGAGGCACAUGAAGGUCAAGCAUUGCCGCGAGAAGUUAAUUGGUCCGUGUGCGAUAGAUGGUUGCGGGAAGAUGUUCGCCUUCAAGCAUCAUAUGGUGCGGCAUCAGAACGCCUCUCAUCUGAAAUCACGUCAUAUCUGCGAAGUGUGCAAUAAGGAAUUGCUGACCGUGGCGCACCUGAAGUCGCACAUGUCACUGCACAAGAACAUGGUAACCUACAGGUGUCCCGAGUGCGACCGCCCAUAUUUGCGACGCGGAAGACUUCUGAGUCAUCUAUUAAAAAUUCACAAAAAACGCCUAACCGAAGAAGAGAUAACCGUCCUCUUCAGCGGAAUUAAAGAAGACCCUAGCCCUCCCCAAAGCCCGACUCACAGUCCGCCGCAAAGUCCGAAUGAUCUAAAGAUGAUGACGCGUAAGGGGCAACUGGGGCUCCGCAAGAGCUUGGAGGUGGAUGAAACGGUUGAUAAGGAGGAGACGCGUUUGGAUGCGGAUUCGGCAGCGGAACCUAAUCUUUCCAAAUAGCCCAGAAUUCUUCCUUGCUAAGUAAUCGCACAGUGUACAAAGUAUGUUAUACUCUAAGUACUGUUCUUCAUCCCUCGUUUAAGUGCAUAUAAUGUCCUGGAGUUUACCAUUAGGUUGUUAAUUAAGUUUCAAAUUAUGUUAGCCGAAAUACAGACAACAAUCUAUCUAUACAUAUAUAUCACUCUGUAUAGCA